AUGAAGUUGUCGGCACCAAUAUCCCUGUGUUUGGGAGUAGUAGUGUUUUCUACAGCUGCCUUCCAACCGUCUUUUUCAUUCACCCCGUCACAAAGGGCACCAAGAACUAAGCUCUCUCCAGUUGUUCUGCAUCAGGAAGGAAAGGGAUCCUUUUCGUUGGCCAACUUAUUUGGAGAAAGUGGAAGUGCAGGACCAUCACUUCGAGGCAGCAAGAAUUUGGAACCUCACCCGAGUGUUCGAUCGCACAUUUCGCCUCUGAACAGACUUGGGCCCGAUGAAAAGAAAGAAGUAAAGUCAGAACCACUUCCAUUCCACUCAAAUGUCAAAUCUGGAACCCUUCCCAAUGGGCUUCCAUAUGUCAUCUUGCCCAACAAAAGUCCUCCUGGCCGUUUCGAAGCACAUUUGCAGGUUUUUUCUGGCUCUGCUGAUGAACUGGAGUCACAACAGGGUAUUGCACACUUGACUGAACACGUUGCAUAUAUGGGAUCUCGCAAACGUGAACUUUUGUUUGGAACUGGGUCACAAACCAAUGCUUACACUGAUUUUCAUCACACUGUGUUUUACGCCAUCUGUCCAAACACAACUCCGCGCACUAACAUUCCAAUGCUGCCCAUGGCUUUGGAUGCUCUUGUUGAUGUUUUGGAGGCCCGCGUUGAGAGUUCUCGAUUGGAAAAGGAAAGAGCAGCUGUCUUAUCAGAAAUGACAAUGGUGAAUACAAUCGAAUACCGUGUGGAAUGUCAAAUUCUGUCGACCUUGCAUCGUGAGAACCGCCUAGCUAAGCGAUUCCCAAUCGGAAAAGAGUCUCUUAUCCGAAGCUGGCAAACCGACGAUGUCAAAUCUUGGCAUCGAACUCACUACCGCCCCGAUAAUGUUCUCUUGUACUUGGUUGGAGACGUUGAUACCGAGGAGGCCGAGAGGGUUAUCGCUGAAAAGUUUGGACGAUUGAGUGCGGAAAAGCAAGGGGCGGAUAUUAAGAUCCCCGAGAUUAAAGAACAAGCAAAGGAUCUUGCUGAUGCUGUAGUUGGCGGAACCGUCAAGGCUGCAGGUAGUUGGCACUACCCUCCAGUCAGACACGACUGGAAUAUUGCCAAGGACAUGGAUGUUGAUGGAAAGCUUAUCAUUCCAAAGGACCAGCUUGAAUAUGAUAUCAAUCUUCAGAAUUCCUACCCACUUGACGAAACUGUUUCUUUCUUGCAAACUGAGGAGGUGGCUCCUGGAAAAAAGAUCAGACCACACAUUUUUCGCCAUGAGCUGUUGCAAUCGUUCUCUAUGCACCUGUUUGCAAAGCGCCCUGUCGAACCCAUUAUCGAUCUUGAUUCAUUCCGCAAGAGUUUGGCACGCCGUGUUGCUCUUGCAGCACUUCAGAUUCGUCUAAAUGUUGGAGGACGUAGUGAUGAUCCUGCAUUUACAUUUGUUGAAUUCAACCAAUUAGACUCUGCCCGGGAAGGUUGCGCAGUCUGUAGUCUGGAUCUGACAGCCGAGCCCCACAAGUGGAAAGAAGCAAUCUGUAAGUCUCUUUCCGAGAUCAGAAAGCUUGGUGUACAUGGGGUCACGAUGGGUGAAAUGGAGCGUUAUGCAUCCUCUCUGAUGACUGAUGCUGAACAACUUGCGGCACAAGGUGACCGUAUCGAGCACGGAGAUCAGCUUUCGUACCUUAUGGAAACAGUCGCAAAUGGACACACUUUUAUGUCCCCAGAACAGUCAUACCUCAUGACUGCCAAGGCUCUAUCUUCCUUGACCCUCGAAGACGUCAAUAGCGCAGCUGCAGAGCUAUGUUCUCAUGUUAUGAGCUUUAAGGAAGGAGAGGAUCCAGUUGAUGGUAGCGUUGUUGCAGUCGCCUGUUUGCCAAAGGGACUCGAAAAGGAUGAUCCAGCUUAUUGCGAUGAGGAUUCUUUGGUGAAGGCAAUCUAUGAAGCAUGUCAACUAGAAGUCGAGCCAGAGGAAGAUGUUGUCGUUCCAUUUACAUUGGUUCCAGAAGACGAAUUGGUCAAAGCUAUGGAGGAAAAUCCCCCAGACUGGCUUGGAGGUCAAUUCAGUGAUGGUACCCCCAACACUGCACCAGACACCAUCACUCGUCCAUUCACGCUUCGACGACUAGGCAACGGCAUCCGUAUUGGAGUCAAUCAAAAUCCUCACGAGUCGCAACGUGGACACCUACGUCUGGUUGCCCCAGGUGGCCGUGAUGCCGAAAAACGUCUUGGUUUCAAAAAGGGUUCCAUGGCAAUCGGUGCCCGCACCAUGCAAGAGGGAGGAGCAUUUGGUCCAUGGACGCGUGAGCAAGUCGAACUCUUCUGCGUUGACCAUCUGCUAAUGGUCGAAAUCACCUGUAACGAAGAAUCCAUCACUGUUGACUUUGUCUUCCCUACCACGAAUGUUGGAAACGUUGGUUUCGGAGACGAUGUGCAAUUGGGCAUUACCGGAACUGAAUCUGUCAUGCAAGUUGUCAGAGAAAUUAUUGUUGGAUUCAAGUGGGAAGAAGACGCUCUUGGCCGCAGUAAGUCCAGCUUCCGCGGAACUCACGAGUCCAUGCUGAAGAACCUUGAAAAUCUCAGUACCGAAAAGAUUAUGGAGGCUAUGACCGCAGACGAUGAAAGAUUCCUUUCCAUUGAGGUCGAUGAGGUCAAUGCUAUUACUUUGGACGAGGCCAAAACAGCUGUCAUGUCGCAAAUGUCGCCAGAAAACCUUGAAAUUUCAAUUUCUGGAGACUUCGAUGUUGCUGAGGUUUUGGAGAUGAUUUAUAAAUACAUUGGUACUAUCCCUGCCGAUGCCAACAAGGAGUAUUUGGUAGAGGAAGUUCCUGCUGAUGUCAAGGGUGCCGUUGUCAGCAGUGUACCGAGCCUCCCACUUCCAGGUAAAUUUGUUGAAUUGGAGCUCCCUGAUUCGGAUCCACGAGCAGUGGCAUAUGUUUCCGGUUCUGCACCAAAUGCUUGGGGAUACCUUGCCGAUGGAAGAACUGUGUCGGAGAUCAUUUUGGAAAAGGACAAACGCGCAUCGGAGUAUGAUUUGGGUCGACGAAAGCACCCACUCUUUGCCCGAAUCGCAUUGCUAUUGUUGUCCGAAAUCUUCAACCGUCGACUCUUUAGCAACGUACGAGAACGGAAGCAAUUGACGUAUGAUGCCAACUUUUCUUUUACCGGAUUUGAGCGACUUAUGGGCGGAUGGUUCUUGGUGACCGUCACGGCUUCCAAGGAGAAUGCACAAAAGGCUUUGGAAGCCUGCAAAGAAACCUUGCACAACUUGCGUAAGACCAACCCCAUUACCCCGGACAAUGCCGAAUCCGCCAAGCGAGUAGUCCUGAACCGACACGAAUUCUCCCUCCGCACCACCCAAUACUGGACUGAGCAAAUGUCGGGACUUCAAGAGGAAUCAGUUCCACUGAAGGGUCCACUGUCCUUCACGGAUUUCCAGGCAGUGGUCGAAGCCAUCACCGUUAAGGAUCUACAGUUGGUUUUGGAAACAAUGGGACUCGAUGACAAUGAACUGUACACAGCCAUUGGAAAGACUGUCAAGCCAGACGGGGUAGAAGAACCAGAAGAAGAGCUGGUUCGUCAAGCUCCUGUCAUUGGAAUGAGAAGAGGUGGGGCACUCACAGGCUAA